AUGGAGGGUGACAAUGUCAAUGAAGAAGCUCCUCAAGUAAAUCAAGCUCCUCAAGCUAAUCAAGCUCCGAUUAAUCCUUUGGCUAUGUCAGAUGUGGAGGUUAGGCCAGCUUUUCUAAUGGUUAGGGAUUUUGCUAGAAUAAAUCCUCCCGAAUUUCAUGGCUCUAAAGUGGAUGAAGAUCCCGAAAGGUUUAUUGAUGAGGUUUAUAAAGCGCUUGAUAUUAUAGGAGUGUCUUCACAAAAGAAUGAGAAGUUGGCCGCCUAUCAAUUGAAAGAUGUGACUCAAGUUUGGUUUAACCAAGAGAAAGGUAGUGGGUCUCCAUUACCUAAGCCUACUUGCACCAAAUGUGGAAAUAAGCACCAUGGUAGGUGUCUAGCCAGUACAGAUGGUUGCUAUGGUUCUGGCAAGAGUGAUCAUCAAGUGAAGAAUUGCCCUACACUCCCGGCAAAAGGGAGACAGGCCAAGAAAGCUCCUCAUAGUGGUCCGGAACCCAAUGCUCCAAAUUAUGGUCGCUUCUAUGCACGCCGGUCUAGAAAUGACCAACAAGCCUCUCCGGAUGAAGGCACCGGUAUGUGA